AGGGCACUGACAAGCCCGCAUAGCAAUGGCAAAGCAGCACACCGGGGUCCAUGAGCAUCAAGCCAACGACUCGCCUGUUCUAGGCCCUUUACGUGAAGACGAUGAACCUGCGAUGCCUACCUAAUAAUCACACGGUUCCAGACUUUUCAGCAUAUAACCAGUCUUGCAUAUGCAAAAAAAAUCUCGCUUAACAGCGGCGGACCAAUUCCCCUGGUGAACCGAAAUAACAAUAAACUCAAAAAAGCUCAAAUCAUCCUACCGGUCAUAAGAUCUUAACAGACAAGGUCGCACUCCGUAGGUAACCGGUCAGAAAACUUUUUUUACCCUUCUCUUGUCUUCGACCGAAUGAUCCGCAAAUAUCUGCGCAGAUCCGGGGGUUUUUUGAUGCUAAUUCUUGCAGGUGGCUUGAGAUCCGCGCGACGAAGCUAAGCGGUUCGUGCUACUGCCCAAUUCGGGUCAAACAGACCUCACCGGUCGCGGGUGGUGCCGGCUUGAGGCUUGAAGGGGUCUCAAUCUGACAUCGUCGUGUCUCUCCUUUCUGGAUGUGGAACUUUUUUUUUCUUGACUACGGAAGGGUAAUGAAGCAAGUCUAGGGAGGGUAGAUAUGGCUCAUCUAGGUGACCAAUCAGGUUCUUGAGGUCAGAGAUUUGGUGCGAUGUUGUCAUCGUUGCGGUAUAGCUGGAUAGACUCUCACAAGCACGAGACACAGUCAAGGGGGUGUUAUACGAACUGGAAAGUGUAUAUAAGUCGCCGAAGAGCCUCGAAGGACUGAUGAUCAUUACCAGAGAUCACCAAACAUCCAUACCUCAAAUAUCAAACCACACUUCAAACCACAAAUAUCACAACACUUCCCACUUCUAACCAACCGCCUCAAAACUUCAUAUCAAACAACACCUACCAAAAAUGCAAUUCUCCAUCAACACCCUCCUCUUCGCCCUCGCCGGCACCCUCACCCUCGUCCACGCCUCCCCAGCCGGCGUCGCCUCCGGUGACCUCCUCACCCCGCGCGAAGCGAUCCCGUUCCCGGAGCCAAAGGCCAACUGCUGCUCCUGCGACCUCGAGGACCGCGGCGCCGGCAACUACGUCUGCAAGGUCGCCAAGAAGAGCGUCUGCGCCGUGCCGCUCAUCGCGUGCCCGCUCGACCCGGCCACCCAGGAGCAGUGCUGCUGCUGCGACCCCAAGACGCCCGCCAUGCGCUGCAAGGCGAUUCCCAAGGGCAGCGGCUGUAUCUGCACCGCCGUCAAGUGCCCUUUCCAGUUUGACAUGUCGUUCUUGCCGGCGGGCGCUGUCUGAAGUCUCUACGGGUAGAGUUGUGGGAAAUUUGUUGAGGUCAUCAUGAGACGGGUUCAAGGGGAAAGAGCUGGUUGGUGGUUCGGUUCAAGGGGGCUGUUAAUGUGCACGAUCUUGCGGGGAUAACCAGAUGAACAGACCAGCUUUCAGGGGGGUAAUUCAUGAAUGUGACGAGAAACUAAAGAAUAAAUUGUUCCAAUGAACUCAUUGUUAGUGAACUGAUCGAUACAAGUGACGCCUUCCGCUGGUGAUAAGUUCGUCUCAUCAAGGCUAUGGUUUCGGAAUGUGAAAUCCGGCCAAAAGAUCUUGGCAGACCACAAUGGUUUUCCAUAGUUCAGGUAUCCCUG